AUGUCUGGUGCAAGUGCUAGCAGCACAUCGCAAAGCCCACCCGCUAUGGCCUCUAUAAGUGACGUUAGUGCUUUAUUUCAGACGGCAAAGAAGUACGAAGAACUUAAUGUUAUUGGAACAGGGGCCUAUGGAACAGUGUAUAAAGCCAGAGAUCUUCACAAUGGUGGUCAAAUUGUGGCCAUGAAAAAAGUUAAAGUAGCACUCACCGAAGAUGGCAUUCCUCUAUCUACACUAAGGGAAAUUGCUCUGUUAAGGCAACUAGAAGCAUACAGGCACCCUAAUAUUGUAAGGCUUCUAGAUGUAUGUCAUGGUGGACAAUCCGUUGACCGAGAUCACCAGCUGGUCCUGUUCCUGGUGUUCGAGCAUGUGGAACAGGAUCUCGAGUCUUAUUUGAAGAGAGCACCCGGACCUCUCUCUGAAAACCGGAUAAGAAGCAUGUCAUACGACAUCCUGUCGGGAGUAGACUUCCUGCACUCGCAUCGCAUCGUCCAUCGAGACCUGAAGCCUCACAACCUACUGGUGACAUCUGCGGGAAGCGUAAAACUCGCCGAUUUCGGACUAGCGAAGACUUACGACACGGAGAUGAAACUGACCAGUGUUGUGGUGACCCUGUGGUACCGACCACCUGAGGUACUGCUAGGCGUUUCCUACAACACCGCGGUGGACGUGUGGUCAUGUGGCUGCGUACUGGCCCAGCUUCACACCAGGUCUCCCCUCCUGCCCGGAUCUUCAGACUCUGACCAGCUGCACUGCAUAUUUAGGCUUAUUGGUCGACCGCCGAGGCAUGAGUGGCCGGAGAAUGUGGCCGUGGUGGCUGACAGCUUCCCCCAGUACCCUCCGAAGGACCUCGCUGCUGUUCUACCGAGGGCCCAUCCCCAUGCUUUGAACAUGAUCAGGGGCAUGCUGGUAUUCGACCCGGCAAAACGACUAACAGCAUUGGACUGUCUGGAACAUCCAUACUUCACAGAGGAGCCUCUCACA